AAACAAAACAAAAAAGGAAAACAGUAUAAGACAGACAAUAAUCAUCUCUGAAUUUCUCAUAAAUAAAAUGGAAGCCCUUUCUUCCUCUUUCAGACAUCCUCAAUUUUUGCAGGUUCGUUCUUUAAAUAAUAUUGGGGCCAAUGUUAAAAGAAGGCAUCAGCCAGUGAUCAGAGCCAACAUAUUCAAGAAACCCUUGGAUUCAACCAUACUCAACAAAUUGGAUGACUUCAUAUGCACAUUUCUCGACCCGUCUCCCCUCCGCCCGAGCAUCGAUCCCGAACACAGUAUGUCGGGAUACUUUGCUCCGGCGGAAGAGCUCCCCCCCACCGCAUGUACUGAGGUGGCGGUGGAGGGGGGCGGCGGCCCCCUUCCCAGCUGUCUGGACGGGGCCUACAUCCGCAACGGCCCCAACCCUCAGUUCGUCGUCGCAGAGGGCCGCCGCCGACCUUAUCACUUAUUCGACGGCGACGGAAUGCUCCACAUGAUCAGGAUAUCCGGCGGCAAAGCCACCACAUUCUGCAGCCGCUUCGUCAAGACGCACAAGCACACGGUUGAGCGUGAAAACGGGUCCCCCUUUGUUCCUAGUACUUUCUCCUCCUUCAACGGCAUCGCGACUUCCCUAUCGAGAUGCAUGCUUACCGCCGCACGUGUGCUGACGGGGCAGUUCGAUCCGCUGAACAAGGGCUUGGGAGCCGCCAACACCAGCGUUUCUCUAUUGCCUGGUGGCGGCGGUGGCGCCAACCUCUUUGCUCUGUCUGAGUGUGAUCUACCGUACGAAAUUAAAGUGACGGAAGAAGGAGAUAUAGUAACCCUCGGCCGCCAUGAUUUUCGCAGCAGCAUCAGCAUCAGCAGCAACAACAACAACAACAACAACAACAAAAAAAACAACAACCCGUUAUUAUUCUUGAAUAUGACAGCACAUCCGAAGGUUGACGAAAAAACCGGAGAAACAUUCGCUUACCGAUGCAACAUCACGCGUCCGUUCCUGACGAUGUUCAGAAUCGACCCUGACGGGAGGAAACAAAAGGAUGUGCACGUACACUCCUUGAAGGAAAGCACGAUUAUUCACGACUUUUCCGUGACAGAGAAUUUCUGCGUAUUCGUAGACACACAGAUUGUGAUGAACCCUUUGUCGGUUUUGAGGGGAAGGCCGCCGGUAGGGGUCGAUCGGGCAAAGGUGCCCCGGCUAGGGGUGAUCGGGAAAUACGCGGAGGAUGACAGCAGAAUGUGGUGGACAGAGGCGCCGGGGCUGAACAUGUUUCACAGUGUGAAUGCAUGGGAAGAAGACGGCGGCGCCACCAUUGUGAUGGUGGUUACAAAUGCUUUACAAGUUGAGGAGUUGUUUGAGAGCAUUGGUUUGGCGCAACUGAGAUUGGAGAAGAUCACCAUUGAUGUCAAAGCUCAGACGCUGCAGAGGCAACCCUUGUCCACUAAACUUCUUGAAUUUGGAGUUAUCAAUCUAGCUUAUGCUGCUAAGAAAAACAGGUAUGUAUACGCAGCAAUGAUAGGGCAGAAGGGCAUCGACGGGAUAGUGAAACUAGACCUAUCACUAACACAUAAAGAUGGCCACGUCGACUGCGUGGUGGCAAGCCACCUAUAUAGACCGGGUUGUUGUGGCGGUGAACCGUUUUUUGUACCGAAGGAACCGAAUAAUCCAUCGGCAGAUGAGGAUGACGGUUAUUUAGUAACGUUUGUAACCGACGAGAAUAACGGAGAGUCCAAAUUUGUGGUGAUGGAUGCCAAGUCCGUGACUCUCGACAUUAUUGCUGCCGUUAAGCUACCGUGUCGAAUUCCGAGUGGCUUCCAUGGUCUCUUUAUAACGGAGGCUGAACUCAACAAAGUUUAA